AUGGUUGGGUCUAGGCUCCAGAAGCGUCCUCUUUCAGAGUUUCCUAACGACGAUAUCUUAGCAGGGGAGUUCUGGAGUAUGGCGUGGGGUCAAGAAACGUUUACCCCUUUUGAGGCUGAUGUCGUACGAGAUGGUACCUUGUUUGCUAACUUGGACGAACCAAUUCCUGCAACCUGCCGAGUGAUCAAGGCUCACCCUUUCAUAUCCGAGGAUUUGGAGUAUAUGGUGAAACGCCGUGGUAAUAUGGUUGUAAUCGGUCAUCCCGGCAUAGGCAAGACAAUAUUCCUAUUUUAUGUCCUGACGUAUCGGCUCCAGCGUGGUUUAUCCACCUUCUACCAGGAGAGUGCGCAUUCCGUCCUUUACUUCCAUAAAUCCGGCGUCUACAGUAUCCCAGCCAGUCAAAGGCCGCAUUCCGUGGACUGGGAAUCGGAUGAUAUUUGGUCGUUGUUCGACUCAAAUCGCACAGUGAAGGAACCCGGCGAGCUCAUAGGAGGUAAACACUCAGGAUGGUUCCUCAUUGAAGCCGCUUCUCCCCAUCGCGAGCGGUGGAGUGGGUGGCCAAAGUACAAAGGCUUCGUGGACUUUUUUUAUAUGAAACCUCCGAGUUUUGCGGAAAUCGUCAUGAUCCGUCCACACCAGAAGGAAUACGUAGGAACCGAACAAGACUUGUACCAAUUUUAUCAGACAUAUGGCCCAUCGAUCCGUUAUGCUUUCCAAUAUGCUGACCCCAGUCUCAUCUCGGCGUACCAGACAGAUGUUGCGGGCACACUCGAACACUUGAAUUAUGAGCGCCUCCUACAGGAUGUCCUAGAUGCGAACAAGCUGAAUAUGGAGAAAGGCUCCCACGACAUCUUCCUCGUAGAGCCGUCCAGCGACAACAGAAGGGAAUACAUCGUCUCUGUGGUCACUGACGAGAUUAUGAAGAUGGUGUGGGAGAUGCAUCUGAGAGGUGAACCUCAGCGGAUUGCAGAAUUUGCCGCAUUGUUCGCCGGUCAACCUUCCUCAAGGUCCAUUGCGGGAUGGAUCGUCGACACUCAUGUGCACCCUAUUUUGCUGCAGGCUGGGACACGGACGUUGCACCCGAUGCAAGGCUUGGUCAAGAAAGUAAACGUUCACUACUCGUACCCCGACACGACCGCUGUGCAGUUCCCCGACGUCGAAGUGCAGAUCCCUGACCUCCAACACCAUUUCUUUUCGAUGAAUGAUCCGACUACGGACUUCAAACUUAACCACUACUAUCAACCCAUGGAAAAGAAUAACGCGACGUUCGACGCGCUUACGUUCACGCAGGAGAAGGGUCAAAACUACGUCACAGUGUACCAGGUUACGUUGGCGAAGGAACACAGCGUCAGCGAGAAGGGGUUGAGGUUCUUAGACAAAUACCUGGAUCUACCGAAUGGAACUACAUCUAUCCCGUCGCCGCGUAUCCGCUACGUGUUGGUCAUACUGCAGGGUGAGGAGGUGAAAAGCGUUUUCCCAAGGGAUUGGGUUGAGAAGUGGGAGGACAUAUUGAACAUAUACGCCCUAGAGAUUGAAUUGUGA